UGUCACUCAAUACAACCUUUUCCAUAAUUAAAGCUUCACUUAAUCACGGCACAUGACUACAACCGUGAAAAGGGAGCACAGCGAUUCUUUUGAGGAUCUCUUGAAUCCUGUUUACAAAGGUAAAUCUUUGACUGAUCCAAUAAACACGGCAGAGGACAAAUGGAACUUGUUACCAGCAUUCUUGAAAGUGAAAGGUUUAGUCAAACAGCAUCUAGACUCUUACAACUAUUUUGUUGAUACUGAUUUGAAGAAAAUUGUCCAAGCAAAUGAGAAAGUUUUGAGUGAUGUUGAUCCCGAUUUCUACUUAAAGUACCUAGAUAUUAGAGUCGGUUAUAAGAGUAAAGCCGAUCCGAAGCAGAUAGAGGUUUUAUACCCACCUCAUGAGUGCAGAUUGAGAGACAUGACCUAUAGUGCACCUAUCUAUGUUGAUGUCGAGUAUACAAGAGGCAGAAAAAUCAUUAUUCACAGGGAUUUGGAGAUAGGAAGAAUGCCAAUUAUGUUAAGAUCAAACAAAUGUGUUUUGAAUGGCAGGACAGAAAAUGAAAUGGCAUAUUUGAAUGAAUGUCCUUUGGAUCCAGGUGGAUACUUUAUUGUUAAUGGUACAGAAAAAGUUAUAUUGGUGCAAGAACAAUUGAGUAAAAAUAGAAUUAUUGUAGAAGCAGAUGAUAAGAAGGGUAUAGUACAAGCUUCCGUCACUUCCUCCACACAUGAAAGGAAAUCGAAGACCUAUGUUGUUACUAAAAAUGAUAAGAUAUAUCUCAAACAUAAUUCGAUUAGUGAAGAAGUUCCGAUUGUGAUUGUUCUGAAAGCAGCCGGCAUUGUAUCAGAUUUGGAAGUUUUACAACUUGUUUGUGGUGACGAUUCUGUUUAUCAGGAUAUUUUUGCAGUUAAUUUUGAGGAGGCUGCUAAACUUGGGGUUUACACUCAAAAAGAAGCUUUAGAAUAUAUCGGAAGAAAAGUGAAGACUAUUAGAAGAAUGAAUGCGCCGAAACUAACCAUUCUUCAAGAGGGUAUUGAAGCAAUAGCGUCAACUCUUAUAGCACAUUUGUCUGUGGAAAACUUGGAUUUCCGUGAAAAGGCAAUAUACAUAGCAAUUAUGACUAGGAGAGUUGUGAUGACCAUGAACAAUUCGAAGUUAGUCGACGAUAGAGAUUACGUCGGUAAUAAACGUUUAGAGUUGGCAGGCCAGUUAAUGUCACUUUUAUUUGAAGAUUUAUUCAAAAAAUUCAACAAUGAUUUCAAAAUGAAUCUUGACAAAAUUUUGAAGAAGCCCAGCCGAGCUUCUGAAUUCGAUGCACUACUACACAUCAACAUCCACUCGAACAAUAUUACCACUGGUCUUAACAGGGCAAUAUCUACAGGUAAUUGGUCCUUGAAGAGAUUCAAGAUGGAAAGGGCUGGAGUUACACAUGUUUUGAGUAGGUUAUCCUAUAUCUCAGCUUUGGGUAUGAUGACAAGAAUUUCUUCUCAAUUCGAAAAGUCUAGAAAAGUUUCAGGCCCAAGAGCUUUGCAGCCAUCUCAAUUUGGUAUGCUCUGCACAUCUGAUACACCUGAAGGUGAAGCUUGUGGUUUGGUUAAAAACUUGGCAUUGAUGACUCAUAUUACUACAGAUGAUGAAGAGACUCCAAUCAGAAAGUUGUGUUAUAUCCUUGGGGCUGAGAAUAUCAACAUUGCAGAUAGUUCCACUUUACAUACUAAUGGUACAUUUGGUGUUUAUUUGAACGGUACUUUGGUUGCAACCACAAGAUUCCCAAUAAGAUUUGUCAACAGCUUUAGAUAUUUAAGACGAACAGGAAAAGUAUCGGCAUUUGUUUCCAUAUAUACUAAUGUUCAUCAAAAUGCUGUCCAUAUUGCUGCUGAUGGUGGUCGUAUUUGUAGACCUUUGAUCAUUAUUGAAGAUGGAAAGUCUAGGGUCACUGCUGAUCAUUUGCGCAAGUUAAAAAAUGGAGAAUGGGAGUUCGACGACUUUCUAGUUAAUGGAUUGGUUGAGUAUCUCGAUGUUAAUGAAGAGAAUGAUUCGUUGAUUGCAUUGUACGAAAAGGAUAUUUUUCUUGCUACUACCCACUUGGAAAUUGAACCUUUCACAGUUUUGGGUGCAGUUGCUGGUUUGAUUCCAUACCCACAUCAUAAUCAAUCUCCAAGAAAUACAUAUCAAUGUGCGAUGGGUAAGCAAGCAAUUGGUGCAAUUGCUUAUAAUCAAUUCAGAAGAAUUGAUACCUUGUUAUACUUAAUGUGUUAUCCCCAACAGCCAAUGGUUAAAUCUAAAACAAUUGAAUUGAUCCAGUAUGACAAACUUCCUGCAGGUCAAAAUGCCACUGUGGCUGUCAUGUCAUACUCAGGUUAUGAUAUUGAAGAUGCGUUGGUCUUGAAUAAGUCAUCAAUUGAUAGAGGAUUUGGUAGAUGCCAAGUUUUCAGGAAAAAUACCGCUGUUUUGAAAAGAUAUCCAAAUAAUUCCAAAGAUAUUCUAGCAGGUAUGCGUGUCAACGAAGACGGUGAACCAAUAUGGCAACACACGGCGUUAGGUCCAGAUGGUUUAGGUGAAGUUGGAAUGAGAGUUCAAAGUGGUCAAAUCUACGUCAAUAAAUGUGUCCCUGCUAAUGCCUCGGAGAGCGUAUUGGGUGGUGCGCAAGGCGGUCAACAGGCUCCCCCACAGCAAGCACAUAGGGAGCAACCAAUGGUUUAUCGAGCUCCAGAGCCAAGUUAUAUCGAUCAGGUUAUGAUGUCUGUAAGUGAUAAUGAUCAGGCAUUGAUCAAAGUUUUGCUAAGACAAACACGUCGCCCCGAAUUAGGUGACAAGUUUUCUUCACGUCACGGACAAAAGGGUGUUUGUGGUAUUAUUGUUCAGCAAGAGGAUAUGCCAUUCAAUGAUCAAGGUAUCUGCCCUGAUAUUAUUAUGAAUCCCCACGGUUUCCCGUCUCGUAUGACUGUGGGUAAGAUGCUUGAAUUAGUUUCUGGCAAAGCGGGCGUUCUUGAUGGUUCUUUACAAUACGGUACAUGUUUUGGAGGCUCUAAGUUGGAAGAUAUGUCCAAAAUUCUAGUGGACAAAGGUUUCAAUUAUAGUGGUAAAGACAUGCUCUAUAGUGGUAUCACUGGCGAAUGUCUUCAGGCGUAUAUCUUCUUUGGUCCUAUCUACUACCAGAAAUUGAAACAUAUGGUUUUGGAUAAGAUGCAUGCAAGAGCUAGGGGUCCUAGGGCUGUGUUAACUAGACAACCGACCGAAGGUAGAUCUAGAGAUGGUGGUUUGAGAUUGGGAGAGAUGGAAAGAGAUUGUGUCAUUGCCUAUGGCGCUUCUCAGUUAUUACUCGAAAGAUUGAUGCUCAGCUCUGAUGCAUUUGACGUUGAUGUUUGUAACACAUGUGGCUUGAUGGGUUACAAUGGAUGGUGUCCAACAUGCAAAACCAGUGAAACCAUCAUUAAGAUGACCAUUCCUUAUGCCGCAAAACUACUAUUCCAAGAGUUGAUUUCAAUGAAUAUUGCACCGCGUCUGAAACUUGGUGAUGUGUUCUGAUUAAAAUGCUCAUUUUAUAUAAUUAUAGAGAACUCUGUGGAUUACAGACAUUAAUGAACGAAAGUAAUAAUAGCAAAAAGACCAAUGUAGCAAAGAGUUGAUUAUCAUGUCAGGACUCAUACACCAAAUCGUAAUCCAACCCCAGCUGCUUGUAUAGUUCUUUCAUGGUUAACUCAUCUUCCUCAUCAUCAUCAUUGUCGGAGAGAAAGUCUCCAUUUUCUAUUUUUUCACUCAUUUCUUCAAUUUCUCUCUUCCGAGAAAUGACCUCUUCCUUUUCAUAAUUGUCUAGAUUCUUAUACUCCUCACUUUCCAUGUAUUCUUCAAUCCUAUAAAGCAAACUCUCGUCAUACUCAAACUUCAUUUUCCGUAGCUUGGUUUUCUUUUGCUUUUUUCUGAAUUCAUCCAGACCACCCAUCCUACUU